CGCUCCAUCUGCUUCAAGAACGGUUGGCAGACAGGCCGACAUGAAGCUGCAGAGACUUGGAGUAGUGUUGACGAUGAAUCUGUCGUGACUCCGUCAUCACCACGGCUCAAAUCACGUAGCUGUGAUGAUUUGUUGUCUGAUGGACAUGGUGCUAGUAAUGACGGGAGAGCAUCCACUUCUGUGACUACCACUCGCUCUGAAAGUGCAGGUUCAUUGCUCGAUGAAGACGCUCCACAGACGCCUCAAGUAAAAAGUCUUACCUCAUCUCCCAGGGGGCGGCGACAUCACCGCCGUAAGAUGCCACAUGAUACUCCAGGUUUCCUUCAGCUCUACAAGAAAAUGCACCACAUAGACCGGGAGCAGCUGUUGCCCUCAGAGGUGAUUCGUUCUGUACGUGCACGAAUCCUCGAGCUGGAACGGCUACAGCAGCAAAAGAGGCACAACCUCCAUGGUUGGGCACCUUUCGGUAAUGAGGUACCUCAACACAUGGUCCCAAACCUUAUUUCAGAAUAUGAACAGCUCAUCCAGAAAUCAAAGUCAAUGCCAGACCUUGGUGACGAAAAUGCUCCUUCGGGCACCACCACACCAGGGUCCUCAAGGGCCAGCAGCUGUCCCAAACGACGCUUUUCUGUGGAAUCACUUUUAGAGGAAGAGGAUCCUCCAGAAAGGGCUAGGAGUCCCCCUGAGGGACAUCCAAAACCGGAACCAGACAGCAGUAGCCUGGUGCCAAUUCAUGGGAAGAACCAGAGGCAUCAAGACUACUCGGACAGUGAGCAGGACGCCUGUGCCUCUGAAAUGAGCGACAUCCACAUAGAAGGAUCUUCACUGUGUAGCGAAAGUGACCUGGAUCAUUGCUCAUUUACCUCAUUGGAGAGCUUUUACGGUUCUGGGCAACAUCACCAUCAUGGACACCAUCACCAUGGACACCGUUACCAUCGCCACCAUCACGUGCACCAGAGUGUCGGUCAGAGUCAAGGUUACCAACACCGCCACCUCAUCAGCUCAUGUAAGGGUCGCUGUCCAGCAUCCUAUACACGAUUCACCACCAUGCUAAAACAUGAGCGACAACAAGAAAGGGCUCGGCAGGAGUCCCACCCUGCCUCUACAUCUCCGCUAGCCCAGCAGUCACCCAGUGAGUCAGGCCUUUCCAAACUGGCCUUCCUGGUCAGCCCUGUGCCUUUCCGCCGGAAACGAGGCUCC